GCUGCUCGUGACUACUUCUUGUUGUUAUUUUUUUUUUGACGGUGGUAGUUGGUGAGGGUGGGGGGGAGGGAAAGGAAAAGAUAACGCCUUGCGUUCGAUUCCUAUCUCUGAACCGGUAGUGGUGCUGCCGUUGCUAUAGCGACCCGUCCCCGGGCGGCCCGGCCUGGGAUAGAGCCCCAGUAGCCGAGGCCAUGGAGGAACCGGGAGCAGCCUCCGCCUCCGCCUUAGGAGGCGACGGCACCGCGUCUGAAGUGACGGAGAUCCGGGUCUCCGGCCCGCAGCCCCUGCGUCUCUUGGAAUGGAAAGUAUCGGCAGGGGCGGCCGUGAAAAUCGGCUCGGUGUUGGCGGUUUGCGUACCUAUCCAGGUCCCGACCCGGCCUGGGACGUCGCCCGCCGAGACCGGCACACAGCGCGCGGCCGAGCGAAAAGUCAAGGCGGAGCGGCCCGGAGUGGUGCGAGAACUGUGCGCUCAGCUUGGCCAGGUCAUCCCGUCCGGAGGUGUUCUAAUGAGGCUGGAAGGAUGCAGCCAUCCUGUUGUUAUGAAAGGUUUAUGUGCAGAAUGUGGCCAAGAUUUGACACAAAUACGAAGCAAGAAUGGAAAACAGAACAUGCCAGUAUCUACAGCAACUGUAUCGAUGGUUCAUAGUGUCCCGGAAUUGAUGGUUAGCUCUGAGCAAGCAGAACAGUUGGGAAGAGAAGACCAGGAGAGGCUACGCCGAAAUCGGAAACUGGUGCUAAUGGUAGAUUUGGACCAGACAUUGAUCCAUACCACAGAACAGCAUUGCCAACAGAUGUCUAACAGAGGAAUAUUUCAUUAUCAGUUAGGUCGAGGGGAACCUAUGCUGCAUACUCGGUUACGUCCUCAUUGCAAGGAGUUCUUAGAAAAGAUUGCCAAACUGUAUGAACUGCAUGUUUUCACCUUUGGGAGCAGGCUUUAUGCACAUACUAUUGCAGCAUUCUUGGACUCCGAAAAGAAGCUUUUCUCUCAUCGAAUAUUGUCAAGGGAUGAAUGUAUUGAUCCAUUUUCUAAAACUGGGAACCUUAGAAACUUAUUUCCUUGUGGAGAUUCCAUGGUUUGUAUUAUUGAUGACAGAGAGGAUGUCUGGAAAUUUGCACCUAAUUUGAUAACUGUGAAGAAAUACGUAUACUUUCAGGGCACAGGAGAUAUUAAUGCACCACCUGGAUCAAGGGAAGCUCAAAUGAGAAAGAAAGCAAAUCAUUCCUCAAAAGUAACUGAGGCAUCUGAUCCAGCAGUAGUCUCACGAGAAUCUGAAGAAGUAACAAAUGUUGAAACUGUAGAAGAACAAAGCAAUGGUAUUGGAAAAUCUAUAAAGGAAGUAAACGGCAGUAACUCUAUCAGCAAUGAGACCUCUUCCUGGGAUUUGAAUUCUAAUAAUAAAGUUAAAGUAAAAGACUCCAUAAGUGAUCCUGAUCAUAUAACAGAUGUUACUAAUACAAAUGAUCUGACGAGUGCCAAGGAAUCUCAGGUGUCUUCAGACUAUGAUAAUAGGACAGUUAUAGGCAAGCAGCAGAUUCAAAACAAGGCCACAAAUUAUUUGGACUUUGAAUUGUCUAGUGAUAGUGAAAGUGACAGUGGGUUAGAUGCUAGGAAAUCAUCUUCGUCUUCUGCCUCGGAUAGUGAAAAUGAAGGGAAAAGAAGCUGGAGAAAAUCAAAGCAGUCUGUACAGGAAGAAAAUACAAUGCUUCUGGGAACUGAUACUACCGUAGAAAAGGAUGGACAGUCAAACCAUUCUGGAGACCCAGUAUCCUCACCUAGUAUCAAUCCCCAUUCCAAGGCAUUUGAUCUGGAAGCACAUGAAGAGAGUGAACAAGAUAGUCUUUGUAGUUUAGGAAAUGGGUGUGUUGACAAGAAGGAGGCUGAGACAGAGUCUCAAAACAGUGAGCAAUCUGGAAUUACUGUGGGGGAAUCUUUAGAUCAAAGCAUGGAGGAAGAGGAAGAGGAUGAUACAGAUCAGGAUGACCAUUUAAUAUAUCUUGAAGAGAUUCUUGUUCGGGUGCACACGGAUUAUUAUUCAAAGUAUGAUAAAUAUGUGAAAAAAGAAACAGAAGAAAUUCCAGAUAUAAGAAAAAUAGUGCCAGAACUGAAACGAAAAGUAUUGUCAGAUGUUACGAUAUUAUUUAGUGGACUAUACCCAACAAAUUUUCCCAUUGAAAAAACACGUGAGCAUUAUCAUGCUACUGCACUUGGAGCUAAGAUUGCAAAAAACCUAGUAUUGAACGAAGAUGACCCCAAUAAGCCAACCCACCUUAUUGCAGCACGAGCUGGCACAGAAAAAGUCCGGCAAGCUCAGAACUGUAAAAAUCUCCAUAUUGUAAAUCCAGAUUGGUUGUGGAGCUGCUUGGAACGUUGGGACAAAGUAGAGGAGCAGCUGUUUCCUUUGAAGGAUGAUUACCUUAAAACACAAAGAGAGAACAGUCCUGCCAUGUUCCCAGAUAUACACAGUGCUUUCCAGACUGCUCUUUUCCAUCCAACUCCUAUUCAUCCAAAGUGUCAGCCUGGUCCUGAAGUUCGGCUUUAUGAUUCCAACACUGGAAAACUAAUUAGGAAAGGAUCUCAGAAUUCCAGCCAGCCGCUCUAUAUUCAGCCACCAGCUCCUCCCCUUACUCUACCAGUCCAUGGGGAGCAUUCUUUAUUCAGAGUUGUUCAACCUCAUCAGCUUUUUGAUGAAGAGGAGAUGCCAGCAAGUGAGACUGAAGAACCUGGGCCAUCCAAAAGGAAACGCCAGCCAAGUAUGUCGGAGACAAUGCCACUAUACACCAUGUGUAAAGAAGAUUUAGAAAGUAUGGAUAAAGAGGUUGAUGACAUAUUAGGAGAAGGCAGUGAUGACAGUGACAAUGAAAAAAAGAAAGCUGAAGAAGGAAUGGAAGUACCACAAAGUAAUGCAAAAGAGACUUUAAAUAUAAAAAUAGAAGAGAGGCCUGUUUCAACAUCAUCAAGUGAAAGAAGUUUGACAGGCAGCGUACCCAGGGGUCACAAGAGAAAGCUAGAUGAAGACGAUGGUGCCAGUGAAUCAAGUAAAGGGUCCAGCAAUGAAGAUGAGGAGGGCAGCAGUUCAGAGGCAGAUGAAAUGGCAGCAGCCCUAGAAGCUGAACUGAAUGACUUUAUGUAACCUCCAUAAGGGGGGUGGGAGGGGUGGAAUCUGUAAUUAUGUGUUUCUUUUUGCAACCACUCAGAAUUCCAGUGGUGGGCAUUUCCUGUCCGCUCCAAAAUAUGGUGUAUAUUUUGCAAAGAAAUACAGCAGGUGAUAAUGCAUUAUUUUACAAAACCUGAAAUAGAUGUUUUUAAGGGGUUUUACUAAAGGAAUAUAUACUUUUUUAAAGGAAAAGUAUUAAAGGGGGACUUGGUGUUAUAUGCCAAAGACAUGUUAUGAGCUCUGCAGAACCUUCUUCUAUAAACAUUCAAACAAUAUUGCCAUGAUGGCUUUGGGUACGAAGCUUCAGAAAGAAAGAAGACCUGAGGAAUAUAUUGCAUGGAUGAGGUGAGGGAUCCUGAUUGGGAUACAUUUUCUUCACAGUGAGAUGUUAUCAAAUAGAAAGGUUUUUUUAAAAAUAAAAAUAAAAAAAAAUAAAGAACAAUUUAUAUUUGUAUAGGAUCUGAGAAUGCUAUAUGCAAGCUUUGUGAACUCUGCACUUGACUUACCUGCCACUUGCUUCUAAGAGAAUAUAUGAUGAUUGACUUCUAUGUUUUAAGUUACUUUGUGGAUUAGUUGUAUUCUUUAGGAGACUAUCUAGAUUUUUAACUUCUCUAAAAAUUGCAGUUUUAGCACAGGACACUCUGUGCAUUAUUGUGCUGCCAUAAAAACAUAUUCAUUCAUUUUGUGUUGUGUUUGGAAGGAAUGGCUACAAGCUACUUCUAGAUAGCAUUUUAUUUCUUUGAAAGAACAGAUGUAAAGUUUUUGUACAUUCUAUUUCAUAUUUGAUCUACAAAACAGAUUCUUUUCAUUAAUAAAAUACAUUUUCUAAGCUC